GGGCGCGGCCGUGGCUGUGGCGGCCGGGCCGGGCCCGGCGGGCGGAGGCGGCGGCGGGGCCGGGCCCGGGGCUCGGGGCUCCAUCAUGGAAUUCCCUUUCGACCUUGCCCCGGUGCUGGGCGGCGAGCGCUUCUGCGUGGUGGAUCAGCACCUGCGGCCCGCGGGGCGCGGCGCCGGCGCCAAACGGGAGGAGCUGGAGCAGCAGCUGAGGACGGUGAUCGAUGAGCUGGGCAAGGCCUCGGCCAAGGCCCAGGGCCUCUCCACCCCCGUGACGAGCGCGGCGCGGAUGGAGAGCAACCGGCACGUGCUGUACCUGCUGAGGGACACCCGGCCCCCCAGGGGCGCCGUGCUCGGCUUCCUCAAGGUCGGCUACAAGAAACUUUUCCUGCUGGAGCGGGACGGGUCCCACGUGGAGGUGGAGCCCCUCUGUGUCCUGGAUUUUUACGUCCACGAGUCGCAGCAGCGCCGGGGGCUGGGCCGGGAGCUCUUCCAGGAGAUGCUGCAGCGCGAGCGCGUGUCCCCGCAGCGCCUGGCCGUGGACCGGCCCUCGCCCAAGCUGCUCGGCUUCCUGGGCAAGCACUUCGGGCUGAGCCAGCCCAUCCCGCAGGUGAACAAUUUUGUCAUUUUUGAGGGAUUUUUCUCCACCAGAACAGCCCCAGCCCGGCGCCCGUUCCCGCGGCCGCGCCCGGAGGAGCCGAUCAAGCCGUACUCGCUGAGCGAGCGCGACUUCCUGCGGGAGGAGCCCGAGCCCCCCUGGCCCUUCAACCUGGCCCGGGGGUCGCCGGUGCGGGGCAGCCUCCGGCCCUUCCUGCUGCGCCGGGAGAGCCCCCCGGGCACCGCCCCGGAGCCGCCCCCGCGCCGCGCCAGCUCCCUGGGGCGUGUCGGCCGCUGAGCUCCCCCAGCCCCUCCCCCCUCCGGACACUGACCCCCAACUCCGGCCACUGACCCUCUAUGGCCAAUGACCCCCAAUUCCGGACACUGACCCCCAAUUCUGGCCACUGACCCUCUAUGGCCAAUGACCCCCAAUUCUGGCCACUAAUCCCCAAUUCUGGCCACUGACCCCCAGCUCUGGCCACUGACCCUCUAUGGCCAAUGACCCCCAAUUCUGGCCACUAAUCCCCAAUUCUGGCCACUGACCCCCAACUCUGGCCACUGACCCUCUAUGGCCACUGACCCCCAUGGCCACUGGACCCCCAGUUCUGGCCACUGAAUCCCAACUCCGGCCACUGGACCCCCAUGGCCACUGACCCUCCCCGGCCGGGCCGGAGCCCCAUGGACUCAACUGGGACCAGUCCCUGCCUCAUAACCCAACUGGGACCAGUUCCCGCCCCACUGGAAAUCCCAACUGGGACCAGUUCCUGCCCCGUGGGUGCCCCUCCCCCCGCCCGGCCCCGGGGGGUGCCUGCCCCUCCCCUCCCCUCCCCCUCUCGUUUUUGGGGACGUUUCAAUAAAAUCGGCGAUUCCGAA